AUGGCCUCGCGGCGAGUCCCUCUCUCCAACAACCCCAAUGUCGUCAAUUCGCCGCUUCGUGGAGCUUCCGUUCUAGCUGCCUACGCUAAGCAGAAACGCUCGUAUGCCAAUAUUCAACGUGAGGAACCUUAUGGCCAAGCUCCCCCUGUCAAGAAGCAAGCUCUUGACCAUGGAGCUGCACGUGUUAUUCGCUCGCCCUCCAAGCUGCCACGCUCUCAGGCCGUGUCUCGAGGCACUAUCACUGCCAGCACGCGUCCUGUCGUUCGUGAUAGACAAUCUAAACUCGUUCCCACGACCAAACCUCACGAUGUUGAAAACGAGAAAGAAAUUUGGAAGAGACACCACCGGGCCAAGUUCCCCAAGAUGGUUUUUUACUUUGAGAGCAUUCCAGAUGAUGUUCGAGCCAGGCUCAUCAAAAGAGUUCAAUACCUCGGUGCUCGUCAAGAGCCCUUCUUCUCUAUUGCCGUGACACACGUCGUCACCACUCGAUCGAUCCCCGCCGAAAAAUCUGACACGGAAGAGGCAGAGGCCAUAGACCACGAGCAAGGCGGUCGUGCCCAGGAGCAGCCCCAGACUAUCAAUCCUUCUUUAUUACUGGACAGACCAAGUGACGCCCGCAGAAAACUUCUCUUUGAAUUCCGCCAAACGCCUAUGCAAUCACUACAGCAAGACGACCUCAUCAAGCGCAGCCGGGGCGUUCGAAGCAAUGAUAUCUUACAUAAGGCUCGUGAUAUGGGCAAGAAGAUUUGGUCCUUGGACAAAUUCCAGACAAUGCUCUCCGUACUGCUGGAGUCGGAUACGCAGCACACAACGUAUGGAUCACGCGUUGCCGGUGCCCGGAGCCAAUAUGGGGCCAACAAGGGUGGUCAUGAGCCCAAUUUGUUGCAGCUUCUUCACAAUGAACGCAUCAAUGGACCAUCAGAUCGUGAUCCCACAGCCAACAACAGGGAACUCACCUACUUCAAGGGCCCUUACCUUUACGUCUGGGACAUGGACGAAAAGCAAAAGCCGAUCAUGGUUCGCGAAUAUGCCAAGGUUACCAACAAGGCCGAUGGUGACUGGCCUCAAUUCCGCAGUGUCGGUAACGGCCGCUGCCCCUUUGUCGAAGAGCUUGAGUUGCCUGAGCGAGAAGCCCGCAAGACCCGUGAGCGUGAAAGGGCUCGUGUUGUCAAGCGAGAAGAGCAAGUCACCAUUCUGAAGCCGCCGGAGAACCCUCUGCCCAAGCCGGUAACUGGAAAGCGAUCCCUGACGGAGAUGGAGGCUGGCCACAAUAGACCACGCGGCGCUUCGGCGACAGAAGUCUUCAACCCUGCCAAGGCCGUUCUUGGGAAGUACGGGGAGAUGCGUCCGCAGAACGCCUUUAUCAGUCGAGCCGACAUUGGACGCCAGUUUGCUGGCGAGCCUGUUGCAUCCGGCUUGCAGGCUUCCAACAUCACAUCCGCAAUCCGCUCGCAGAUGAUUUCUUCUACUACCGGAAUCAACGGAGCCAAAGCUGGUACGAGCAAGGAAGUCCACGGUCUGCAAAGAAAGGUACUUCAAAAGGCUGCCCCACCAUCACACGAUUUGAGCUCGCGGCGUAUGGGAGAAACCCCCAUGGAUGUGGCAUCUAGUAGAUCAACGACCAUGAGCCGACAGAACUCAAAGAUCACGGCGGCGGGAGAGGAUGAUAGCCAAAGAGCCGCCGAGGUGCGGGAGAGAAAGCCUGUCUCGCAGCUCAAGAGCAAGAAGGACCUCAAGCCCGGCUACUGUGAGAACUGCCAGGACAAAUUCCGAGAUUUCGAUGAACACAUUGUGUCACGCAAGCAUCGCAAGUUUGCCGAGAGCGGCGACAACUGGACUGACCUGGACGCCCUGUUAUCACAGCUGGAGCGUCCAUCCCGAUUUCCAUCAAUGGAUUCCGCAGCGUAUUAG